CUUUGCAUCAACAUCUUUGAGAACUCGUCCUCCUCAUCCCAUUCCUCUAUUCAGAGAUCACUCAUGCAGCGUAACGCCGCUCCCUCCCAGACCGGCAGAACAAGCCUCCACUCGGCUCUUCUGGACACAGAUAAGACAGUACGACAGGAGAAAAGUCAGGACAACCCUGUGGAGCGCAAGGACGGAAAGAGACCUGAAGAACCAGGAUUGGUGGCAAUCGGCCACGGCCCUAGCACCGGCUCCAGAACUUCUUUCAGCAGCCGGCCUAUGCGGCUCUUCAAACCACCUCUCGCGACCAGUAAGGCAAGCCAGUUCAAAUCUCCAUUACGAUUCGACUUAUCGUCAACUCAGGAGCCUCAAGGAGGAGGAAUUAUGCAUUCGCCCACUUUCGCGUCCUCUCCCAUGGUGGCUGUAAACAACGCCCAAAGGCUGAACAAGCGGGCGUCCGAGUUGUCAGGGUCAACUAUCGCUAAGCACAUCAAACUUGUGGGAGACAAUACAUCGGAGGUUAUUACUGCCUCUUCUUCAUCAAAAUCCCUCCUCCCAAAGCCUAGAACAUACUCCACCGCCUCAUUCAAGACGCCAUCUUUUAGCGCCACUACAGCAACUUCAAGCAGCGCGGAGGAACUGUGCUUCAAUGUUCUUUGGAGGAAAAAAACUUACAAGAAGCACAAGACAUGGGAUGGUGACGGAAUACUUGUGUUCAAUGGGUCCAGUGGUCUGCUGAAAGACAUGGAAGGGAAAGAUAUCGCCAAGGGAAUCAAGGCCACAGCCUCGGAACUCAAAUCAGGGGAUGAAAUUUCCUUCGGCGGAAAAGACAUUGAGAUUGUGUCGAAUCUUGUGCCGUCAAGUUAUCGCACUGGACGAUGCUUUAUGGCCAGUGUUUCCUCAGCAGAGGAAGUUCCAUCAUCAAAAAGUAAACUAGUUACGUCCACGAAAAAAUUCAAGACACACCCUCUGCUCAGCAGUAGAUCUGACACCCCAUCCGUACUCCCACAGCCGCGCCAUAACCCGGAUGCCCCCAACGCGACCAUUUUACCGCGCCCAUCUAGCACACAUCCACGGGUCGCGGGAAACUGGGACACCAAACGACCUUCAGGCAAGGUGGGACUGGUGGAUGUAGUUGUUGACCCCAUACUGGCACAGCAUCUGCGUCCACACCAAAAAGAAGGGGUCCGCUUUCUUUAUGAAUGUAUGAUGCAAAUGAAGAGUAUCAAUGGCCAAGGUGCUAUCCUGGCAGACGAAAUGGGCUUGGGCAAAACGCUCCAGACGAUUGCCCUGCUGUGGACACUUCUCAAACAGAGCCCAUAUUCCAGUGAAGAGUCAUCCGUUGUCAAGAGGGCGCUCGUGGUUUGCCCUGCAACUCUUAUACAAAACUGGAAAAAAGAGUUCAAGAAAUGGCUUGGAGUGGAGCGUCUGCGUGUCUUUGCUGUCGAUUCAAAGUCGACUAUGACCGACUUUACGCUGGGAAAGGUUUAUCCUGUAAUGAUCAUAGGAUAUGAAAAGCUAAGAGCGGUGCAAGACGAGCUCAAGAAUGCCAACUUUGAUAUCAUCAUUUGUGACGAAGGACAUAGAUUGAAGACGGCAAACAUCAAAACUGCUCAGGCGAUUCGCUCCUUGCCUACAAAGCGCAGAAUCAUUUUGAGCGGUACACCAAUUCAGAACGAUUUGAGUGAAUUCUUUUCCAUGAUUGAUUUCGUCAACCCUGGAUUGUUCGACAGCUACAGUUCUUUCAAGAGAAUAUUCGAGGAUCCUAUCGUUAGGUCCAGACAACCCGACUGCUCCCGCUUAGAAGCUGCAUUAGGCCUUGAGAGAUCUCAGGAGCUGUCACGUUUAACAUCGCAGUUCAUAUUACGACGUACUGCUCAAGUUAUCUACGAGUUCUUGCCUGAGAAAUCUGAAUUUGUUAUCUUUUGUCGGCCUUCGCCCUUGCAGCGCGCCAUAUAUCGCCGCAUGCUGGAUUCGCCGUAUCUGCAGAGCUGCUUCUCAACGGACACCAGCCGUUAUCUCACCUGCAUAUUGGCUUUGAGAAAAUUAUGCAACUCUCCUAAGCUGGUUUCCGAUCAGGCAAAGGGAGAUUCUGAGAUGCAAGAACUCUACAGCAGCGUGAGCUCAUUGCUCCCGUUCAAUGGUGCAGACUUGGACAGCUCUGCCAUAGGAGGUAAACUGAGUUUUGUGGUUGCACUGCUCGAGUCGAUUAAGAUGGAUACAACCGAACGCGUGGUUCUUGUGUCCAACUUUACACAAACCCUGGAUAUCUUGGAGGCGAUCUGUACCAGUCGGCAAUACGGACUCCUCCGCUUGGAUGGCUCUACUCCCACGCAGAAGCGCCAAGAGUUCGUGGACAAGUUCAACGCGCCUUCGUGUCAAAAAUUUAUUUUCUUAUUGAGUGCAAAGUCUGGCGGUGUGGGUCUCAAUCUAGUGGGAGCAUCACGACUGAUCCUUUUUGAUAUUGACUGGAACCCGAGCACAGACCUUCAAGCCAUGGCGCGUAUCCACCGAGAUGGUCAAACUAGGCCUGUCUUCAUAUACCGCCUUCUGUCAUCUGGCACCAUUGAAGAAAAGAUGUACCAGCGUCAACUCACCAAGGUUGGGCUAAGCGAUGCACUCAUGGAUGGCAAGGCGACAGAGAACGUGAACAAGUUUUCAAUGACAGAGCUCAGGGACCUAUUUACGUUGCACGAGGACGAAUCUUGUCAAACCCAUUCUUUGUUGGGAUGCAAGUGCGGUGCCGGUUUGGAGCGUCGUCUUUCAGCCGAUUUAGAGGCAAUUGAUGAAAGUACACGAGACUUGCGUGCAGCGCCAGGCCAAGGCCGAAGUGGGAUCAUGGACAAGGCAUCCGCAUUAUUGGCCAAGAAGGAGCUGGACGAGUGGGCGCACGUUGAUGUCCAGGUAUGGAGGACAGCGUUCUGGUCAGAGAGGCCCGGAGGUGAAGGCGGAGGAGAAAUUGAUCCAGGACUUGAUGAACUGGCGAACAAAGACAAGGUUUUGUGGAGCACGAUUAUGGGCAGUGAACAGGGUGCCAUCGACAAGGAAAUGCAGGAGCAAGAGGUACAAGAAAUUGACCAUGGUUCCGUCACAUUUGUCUUUUUCAAGAGCGGGAACCGCCUUCGACAGUAGUAGUGU